GGGGGAGUGGUGUGGGGGGUGAGGGGGCGACCACAGCUGCACAGUCUCUGUCCCGGCGGCCCCCACCCCGGGGGUCAGGUCAGGUCGGGGGGCGGUGAGGCCUCACCGUCAGCUCUGAGCAUGAGCCAAACACCGGGACCCGUCACCGCCACCGUGGUGCUGGUGGAGAGCAAUGAGAGUCCCGCUGACCUGCAGCUGCUCAGCUCCUACCACACAAACCGCAUUGGGGACCCCCAGGACCUGGUCAAGCUCGCAGAGCAAAUACAAAAGGCUGACCAGUUUGUCCAAGCCAACGCCUGCAACAGACUGACGGUGAUCGGGGAGCAAAUCCGCUACCUCCAAGAACAAGCUCACAAGGUUCUUGAGGAAGCGAAGAGGGAUGCAGAGUUGCAUCACAUUGCGUGUAAUGUUGUGAAGAAGCCUGGGAAUAUCUAUUACCUCUACAGGCGGGAAACGGGCCAGAAAUACUUCUCGAUUCUUUCUCCAAAGGAGUGGGGGUCCAGUUGCCCUCAUGAGGUGCUGGGCACAUACAAGCUUCAGCACGACAUGUCGUGGACGCCGUACAAGGAGAUUGAGAAGAGGAACUCAGAGAUCAGCAUCAUUGACAAGUUUCUGACCCAGCAACAGGCCUUGCCACAGUGCGGAGAGCCCAACUUCCAGGGGCUGACCCAGUGAGAUAGCUGAACCAAAACCUCAUUUGUUCUUCAUCACCCCCUGGUAAAGACAUCCAGGGAUUUGAUUUGGGGCCCAUGUUACACAAACAGGUUCUUGAAAAGGGUUUAUCCCCCCCCUACCUUCUGCCAAAUGCUGGUUCUGCUUUUAACUUUUAACAAACCCCAAAGAACUACCUUGCUUUAUCCCGCCCCCCCCCCCGCCCCCCGCCUUACAAACAGGCUGUCGGGCAGAAAUUUAAGAUGUAUUCCAGGCCAGCUGAAUGGAUUGAAAUGUCUUUUUUUUUCUCUUUCACAGAAGGAGGCCAUUUGGCCCAUCGAGUCUGUGCGGCUCUUUGACAGAGCAUCACUUUCACUAAACCCAAUCACCAGCUUUCUCCCCAUAACCCCACAAACCCGUCUUCCCCGAUACCUGUCCAGUUCUCUCUUAAAAGCUGUUAUCGAAUCGGACUUCACUGCCCUUUCAGGCGGAUCAUUCCAAAUUCCAACAACUCGCUGAGUGAAAAAAUUUCUUCUAACCUUUCCUCUGCUUUUGGUAGAUAUCUUAAGUCUUUUAGCCAUGUUCCGAUAUCUGGCAUCUGUGAGCUCAGGCAUUGAGUUCUGCACAUUCUUUACAUAACUGUAUCGGAUGGAUCUGUCAUGCUACCUGGUUACGGCACAUAUGUAAUAAAUUGGAGUGUUUAAAACAA